AUGAAAACACAAAAGAACACAUUCUUGCCGCACAUCAUCGGCCAAGAUACGGACAAUAACAACUUUCAGAACAUAGACAUCAAAGAAAAUAUCAAUGAAAUCCUUAAAUUUCAUUUUCCAAAGGACAAUCCAAACGACGAUACGGAGCACCACAAGGAAAUCAGAAACAGUGUCAAAGAUACAACCAACAUUCCCAAUGAUAGACCAUUCACCUUCAGAGAGAUUAAAAAAGCCCUAAACACCAUGGCUAACAAAAAGGCACCUGGAGUGGACAACAUCACACCGGAGAUGCUCAAGGAAGCUUACAAAGAGAUUCCCAUCGCUUUUGUGCACCUCCUCAACACGUGCCUCACUACAGGUUUUUUCCCGAAUGAUUGGAAAACCGGAAAUAUCAAAUUAAUCCCGAAGAAAGAUAACUUGGACGAGGCGAGGAACUAUAGGCCUAUAAGUUUACUACCCACAAUGGGGAAACUAUUGGACGGGCUGCUCAUUGAUCGAAUAAAUUGGCACCUCACCAGUACGAAACAACUAAACCCCAACCAAUUUGGCUUCAGGCCGGGGAAAUCUACCAUUGACGCUGCUUUGAGAAUCAAGCAAAUCGUCAAUGAUGCUUGGACCAGAAACCAUCACACGAUUCUCAUUAGCAUCGACUUCCACAAGGCCUUCGAUCACUUGUGGUGGCCAAGCGUUCUGAAUCGCCUGAUCGACACAAAAUGUCCCAACAACCUCUACCAACUGACUAAGGACUACCUUAACAAUAGAAAAAUAAAGUAUGUCAGCAAUAGUUUCACAAUCAGCAUGAACACCAACAGAGGAUGUCCCCAGGGCUCGUGGAGCGGCCCUGGACUCUGGAACCUUGUGUUUGACGACUUACUCAAUCUCAUCACUCCUGAUCAAACAGUAACUCUCCAGGCAUUCGCGGACGAUCUUCUACUCACGAUCUCGCACCAAAAUGUGGACAAGCUCGAAGAUAUUAGUAACACUUAUCUAAAAAAAAUCCACAAAUGGAGCCAGGACAAUAACCUCCCCAUCAACCACAAGAAAUCGGUAGGGAUGGUCUGUACAAGAAGAAACAAACAUAACAGACUACAGAGACCACCCAGAAUUCUUAUCGGAGGAAAAAAGAUUAAAAUCCAGCAAGAGAUCAAAUACUUGGGUAUAUAUUUUGAUGACAAACUUAACUGGCAUACUCAUGUCAGGAAUAUAUGCCAGCACAUGGAAAAAAAGGCGAACCUUUUGAACUGGAUCUCCGCUAAAACAUGGGGCCUAAACUACUCAAACACCAAAUACAUCUACAAGGCGGCAGUUGAACCCGCCCUUCUCUAUGCAGUACAAGUCUGGCACGAGGCCCUUAACAAUGUACAUAUGAGGCGAAAACUGACCUCAAUCCAAAGAAAAUUUACCAUCAAAAUUACCAAGGCCUAUAAUACGGCCCCUACCAGUGCCCUUCAAGUGCUAGCUAACCUGCCCCCGGUUCACUUACAAGCUAAAUACCUAAUUUGGUAUUGGUAUCUCAACUCGAACAACAACAAUAUGGGACGUCAACCGCCUGAGGAUGAUGACUUUAACUUUGAAACUAUUGAGAACAUCACGCUUAUUGACAAACAUAAGAACAACUAUGGAAUCGAUAGAAAUCUCAAGAAAGAUGAAUACAAACACCACCCAGCGGAGGCAAUUAAUUACAAAAUUCAUUGGGACAAUGAAAAAAAUAGCACACACAACGCCAAGUGGAAUAUUUUUACAGAUGGAUCGAAGAACAAGAAUGGUACAGGUGCGGGUUUCACAAUUAGGAACUCUAAGAACAGGACUCAUUACCAGUGCUAUUACAAACUCUCACCUCACUGUACAAAUGCUCAGGCUGAACAGUGGGCUAUCCUAAAAGCCCUUCAACACAUGACCACCAAUCAGGAUACCUAUAAGGGCAAUAUCUACAUAUAUACCGACAGCAAAGCGGCCCUCCAUAGCCUCAACAACUCCACCAACCACACUGUUCUAACAUACCAACUGUUCACCACGGCAAUGGCCCUGGGCCACAUUCGCAACCUCAACUUCGCUUGGGUUCCUGCCCACAGAGGAGUGCUCGGAAACAAGAUGGCGGACAGAUUGGCCAAGCUGGGGGCCAACUCCGCUAUUGUGCCAUGCUACACCGACAUCCCACUGCAAACCCUCAAGAAUCAUCUGGCCGCCAUUGUUAACUCUCUCUGGCAGAGGGAGUGGGAGAGGGCAGAAACCGGCAGGAACUGCUUUCUCUUCAUUCCCUCUAUCAACAUAAGGACCAACGCUAAGCAUUUUGAGCCAAACAAAUUCUCUACCCAAGUACUUACUGGACACGGGAAUUUCCCCCAUUACCUGUGCAGAUUCGGGAAAAGGGACUUGGACAAGUGCCCCUGCCCCGAAAACGUUCCUGGUGACGCUGUCCACUUCGCUUUUACCUGCCAAACGUUUGACGAUCAUCGGGCCACCCUCAUGUACAAAUACCUGCAGAAAAACACAAGCUGGCCUCCAAACCCAGCAAACGUAUUCAAGGACAAAGACCUUUGGAAAGAAUUUAUGAACUACCUAAACAAAAGUGGUGCCCUAGUCGAACACAACCCCGAAGAAAACAAGGAAGAAUCAGACAAUCAAGAUAACAACGAUUCUGUAGACGACGAUACCAGCCGAGACUCACUAGAAGAGGAUGAAGAUGACCUCUAG